AUGGCUCGGCUCGCCGUUUUACUUCUGCCGGUUCUUAUCGAAUCGGUGCUAUCCAUUUCUUUUCAUUUGCCGGUAAACAGUCGGAAAUGUUUGCGAGAAGAGAUCCACAAAGACGUGCUCGUUACAGGGGAAUAUGAAAUAAGUGAACAAGUCAACACCAAAACUAACCUCAAGAUUACAGAUUCCUCCAGCCACACACUGUACUCUAAAGAAGAUGCCUCAAAAGGAAAGUUUGCGUUCACCACAGAAGAAUACGACAUGUUUGAAGUUUGCUUUGAGAGCAAGUCGCCUAUGGGAACUGGUAGAGUACCAGAUCAGCAAGUUAACUUGGACAUGAAACAUGGUGUGGAGGCUAAAAACUAUGAAGAGAUCGCCAAAGUUGAGAAGCUGAAACCACUUGAAGUUGAACUUCGGCGUCUUGAGGACUUGUCCGAGUCUAUUGUGAAUGACUUUGCCUACAUGAAGAAGCGGGAAGAGGAAAUGCGGGAUACCAAUGAGUCGACCAACACGCGUGUCCUUUACUUCAGCAUCUUCUCCAUGUGCUGUCUCAUCGGGCUGGCCACAUGGCAGGUCUUUUACUUGCGGCGCUUCUUUAAGGCAAAGAAGCUGAUUGAGUAA